ACAAUCAGCUGUCGUAAAUUCAUUGAUUAUUUUUCAUAUUGCGUUAAAAAUAUUGAAAAAAAAACUUAAAUUUUCUUGCAGUCUGAAAUCGUCAAACCAUCCUUAUGGGCAGUAUCUGACUGUUCAGUUCUUCAAAUUUAAUUCCUUGUCCUAACAGGAUUCAGUUUCAGACAAAAUGCCUGGCACGAAUCUUAUAGUACCUGUUGUACUAUGGGGUAAACAUGCACCUACUCACUGUAUAUCGUCAGUAUACUUAUCGAGAGACCAGAAAACGUUAGUAACAGGUUGUUACGAUGGUCAAAUAUGUAUUUGGCAAGUAGAACCCGAGACCUUAAAGAUGACACCUCGUUGCCUUCUUGUUGGGCACACUGCGCCUGUCACAUGUUUAUCCAGAGCCUCUAUUAUCCAGGAUAACAACUUCAUAGUAAGCUCUUCCGAAGCUGGUGAGAUGUGUACUUGGGAUCUUGUGGAUGGGAAAUGCAGGGAGAGUGUCAAGUUAACGCAAGUCCAUACAAAUAUUCAGGCUUACCAUAUGUGUAAUAGUGAGGAUCUCCGUUUGUUCUGCAAUGGUUACUACGCUGAGAUUUUGAUCAUGGAUCCAUUCUCACUCGAGAUUCUGUUCUCUUUGAGUUCAAAAAUGAACCCCGAUUGGAUAUCUGCUUUGCACGUACUGCGACCAUCGUCAAGGAAAGACGAUGUUGUUCUAGCUAUUUCUAUCACUGGAACUGUUAAGGUUUGGUCGUUACUCGGUCACGAGAACAAGCAAUCGGAACCGAUAUACGAAAACGAAUCCAAACAAAUUCGCUGUCUCAAUGCGCUUUCGCUCAACUGUUGCGCGUACAACCAGCGCACCGUGUUGAUUGUAUGCGCAAAGUACUGUCAGAUAUAUGACGCUGGCGAUUUCUCCGUUCUUUGCUCGAUUCAAGCGCCAUCCGGUGAACGUUGGAUGUCAGGAGACUUUUUGGCCCCAGACAGGGUCCUUGUGUGGUCCACGGAAGGAAAGGGUUACCUUUAUAAGUUGCCAGCCAACAAACUCCGCGGAAAAGCUAUCAGUAGUUCCGUACCUGAUCAUAAAGGCUUCCAUGGUCCAUCCGUGGACCACGAUAGUCCUGUGCUGUUUAGCAUUUUGGCGCAUCCAGAUAAUAAGUUGCUAUCCUGUCCACCAGCAAUGCGUUUUGUUCUGACGUCAGUGGGUGGUAAACAAAGGAGACUGCUUCUUCGAGGCGACUCAGCUGGUGUUGUCUCCUUAUGGAAUGUAGAUGACGCAGCGCAACCACAACCUGGUAAUUUGUCAUCUUACGCACCGAUAGUGUUGACGAGUUUGGAAAUGGCUUGGGCGGAAAUGAAUCCCAGUCCUGUUGGUAUACUGGAUCAGUUCAGCCAUCCUGAGGAACCGGAAAUAAAAUUGACGGCAUCGAUAUAUUUACUGGCCGCGAACCGUUUGGUGGUGGGUCGAGAUGAUGGGUCAAUUGUCAUCGUGAACGCAACGCAUACUGUACAACUACAACUGUUACAUGGGAACCAUCAGCAGUUGGAUGACUGGCCUCCCCACCAACUCCUCCUCGGUCACAUCGGGAGAGUUAACUGUCUUUUGUAUCCUCAUCAUGUACAUCAUAGAUACGACAAAUCCCACCUUGUGUCUGGUGGUAUAGACUUCGCAGUGUGCCUCUGGGACUUGUUCAGCGGAGCGCUACUGCAUCGCUUCUGUGUGCACGCGGGGGAGAUCACUCAACUCAUCGUACCUCCUCAGAACUGCAGCCCGAGAAUACAGAAAUGCAUCUGUUCCGUGGCGUCUGACCACAGCGUGACAUUAUUGAGUCUGUCGGAGCGUAAGUGCGUUACGCUGGCGUCUCGUCACCUGUUCCCGGUUGUCGCCAUCAAGUGGCGGCCGGCGGACGACUUUAUGGUGGUCGGUUGCAGCGAUGGUACCGUCUACGUGUGGCAGAUGGAGACUGGACACUUGGACAGGGUUCUACAUGGUAUGAUAGCGGAGGAAGUGUUGUCAGCCUGCGACGAGACCCUCGCUGAUGAGUUAGGAGGUGCCAUGACAUCCGGUACCGACCUUCAGGGUUUGGCCAAUCCGGCUGUCCACUUCUUCAGGGGGCUGCGGCACCGCAACCUGACGGCCAUGCGAGCGGCCACGCAGCGCGGGCUGGCGGCGCUCGCGGCCGCCGAGCGCGGGCCGGGCGCCGGGCCGCUCGCCGAGCCCGCACGCGCGCGCCGUGCGCCCCUCACCGUGCAGGGCUUCCGCUCCAACCCCGCCGAUCCAGAAAGUCACAUCCUGUUCUUUGACAUCGAGGGUCUGAUUGUGGAAUUAUUGAGUGAGGAGUACUCCGCCAUGAGUCCAGCUAGCCUUGAGGCCGCUGGUCUCAUCACCAGCGAAUACAUGAAAGUGGCUGCGUUAACUCAGUCGGCAAGUCCAGACGCCGCUAAAAGGAUAUCCGGUAUUUUAGCAAAAAUGAAGGAAGGUGCUGAAACGAUGCAGACGAAGUUGCAGGCUAAGGCUGAGCAGCUGAAGGGCCAAGUCGACAGUAAAGAUGGCACGCCGACGAAACGUCAGCGUCCUCGCGACAUGUCGCUCGCGGAACCACCGCAUACAAUGGAGAUCGCGCAGAUUCUCAUAUCGUUGCUUCACGCUUGGGGCCUGGACCCGGACUUGGAUAGGGUCUGCGAGUCCAAACUUGGGUUACUUCGACCAAUGGUGCCCGUAUGUUUCGGUGUGGUGUCUCGUCACGGCCACAUGGCCGUGCAACUACCAACCAGGCUAGGAGGAUGGGCGGAGGCUUGCGCGUCAGCACCUGAUGAUCCAUUACUCUUAACGUCUGAUCUUCCCGUAGAACUAUUACGUCAAGAGAAAUUGACCAGAUUAUUCACCUCCAAGUUGCACUGGGAGCUCAGUACGACCCUCACAACAAACCACCUGCUGUCCAUCGUGGCGCUCGCCAACACCCUCAUGUCGAUGAGCAAUGCUAGUUUCGUUCCCGAGCAAGAGGUCGCUAGAAGACUACAUAGACCUACAACCCGUACAUCGUCAUGGGCUGGCGAUGAAGAGCGCGAAGAACAGUUGGCGGCUCAGCAAGCGCACAUCAAGCAGGGUUGGUCGUUACUCGCUACGCUGCACUGCGUGUUGCUCCCAGAUAAAGUUGUUGCCGCUGGUGCAAAGAGCUUCAAGCGUCCCCAAGUGGAGAUGCUCGCUCGGCGAUGGCAGCACCAUUGUCUGGAGGUGCGGGAUGCGGCGCAGGCGCUUUUACUUGCGGAACUCGGCAGGUUAGGUCCGAAAGGCCGUAAAUCGCUGGUUGAUAAUUGGGCGCAGUUUCUUCCUCUAUAUACGCACACGGAGAGCAUAAACCCUCACGCGGCACAGAAGGAGCCAGCCGAGAAGGUUGCAAGAGACCAAGAAGAAGAAUUCGAAGAAGAAGAGGAGGAGAUAGUUCGCAAGCCCUCAUCUCUAGCCGAGUUGAAACGCAAGCAGACGACAGCUGUAGUGCUUUUGGGUGUAAUUGGAGCUGAAUUUGGCCAAGAUAUUGCUAGUGAAGGUGCGGCUGGUAACAAAAGACGCAAAGAUGGUGACAGUAGGAAGAGUUCUAUUGUUGAAGGCUUCACGCUGAGCGCGUCCAACAACCUGGGCCGGCUGACGGCGCUGGCGCUGACGCACCUGCUGCUGGCGCCGGGCUGCGCGCGCCUGCCCGCGCACACGCCGCUGCGCCGCGCCGCCGUCGACCUGCUGGGCCGCGGGUUCGCCGUGUGGGAGCCCUACCUCGACGUCAGCCACGUGCUGCUGGGCCUGCUCGAGAUGUGCUCCGACGCCGACAAGCUGGUGCCGUCCAUGACCUACGGCCUGCCGCUCACCCCGCAGGCCGACUCGUGCCGCACGGCGCGCCACGCGCUCACGCUCAUCGCGACCGCACGGCCGGCCGCGUUCAUCACGACGAUGGCGCGCGAGGUGGCGCGCUGCGCGGGCGCGGCGGCGGGCGCCCCCCCGCCCCCCGCGGCGCUGGCGCUGCACCGCGGCCGCGCGGAGGUGCUGCGCGGCAUCGAGCUGCUCAUCGAGCGCAUGCACGCCGAGGUCGCAGAGCUGCUCGUCGAGGUCAUGGACAUAAUCCUCCACUGCGUGGACCAGUCGCAUCUCAAGAGUAAGGGUCUGAACGAAGUGUUCCCGGCGAUCUGUCGUUACAACCAGGUGUCACACUGUCCCGCGACCAGAAGAAUCGCAGUGGGCAGCCACACGGGGCAGCUGGCGAUCUACGAGCUGCGCGCGGGGCGCUGCCAGUCGCUGGCGGCGCACUCGGGGCCCGUCACCGCGUGCGCCUUCAGCCCCGACGGGCGCUACCUCGUGUCGUACGCCACGGCCGACAACCGCCUGUCCUUCUGGCAGAGCACCGCGGGUAUGUUCGGCCUGGGCGCCGCACAGACGCGUUGUGUGAAGUGCUACAGCACCGCGCCCAUGGCGGACGUGGCGCGGCUCAACCCGGCCAGACUCGCGAGGCUCGUGUGGACCAACUCCAGAACCGUCACGCUGAUGCUGGCCGACGGAUCGGAGACCAGAUUCAAUGUAUAAACUAGGAAUUAUAACCUAAAGCUGUUUUGAAAUAACUUAUCCUAAUAUAACGUAGCAAAUAUUAACAUUCAGAAAAAUGUAAUGACCUUAUAAUACUAACUGACUUUUCAAUCGAAGCUUACCUAACAUUUUAUGUCGCUAGCUUACAUUAUUGUUAAUAUAACUUACGUUUGAUAUUUAAGUAAUAUUCUUUAAUACAAACUUAAAUUAUAUGGAAAAAGUGCGUUAACUCUAAAAUCCUAAUUCAUAUUUUAAUAUGAUUCAAUAAUUUUCAACAUCAUCAUAAUCACAAAAGAUUUCAUUUGGUAAAAACCAUUUUAUAUUAAAUAUAUUAUACUAUGGAAUAAUAAAGCUAAUUCAUAUUUUAAUAAAAUAAAUUAGCUAAAUACAACCCAAAAACAUACACAAUAUGAACAUAUAUUAACAUUUUUUUAUACAUAAAAUUCCAUCCACACAUGACGCUAUUGAUCGCUUCCUAUUUAACAUUAUAUUUACAUCACAUUCCAAAGUGUGAAAUAAAAAUGCAUUUCCAAGAAUUAAUAACAUUCUAUAGUCGACUCCAAUGGUAGGAGUAAAGAUAGAUAAACAAUAUUGACGUUGACUUGACACAACAUCAUUGAUCGAGAAAAUAAUUAUUCAUUAUGGUUUCGUGAAAAAAUGGCGAACUUAUGUUCGGAAUUGUGGAGUUAAAUUAAUGUUAUAAAUGAAGAAUUAUUAAUCGAGAAUUAUUUGUAGUCCAUAAUAUAGCAAAGUAUAUCAACAAAUUACACGAAAUAUGUAAUUCUUACUAGGUUUGUUUAUCUGUACUCCUUCUGUCAUUGGAAUAUAGUACAUAAUAUAAAAUAAAUAUUGGUAAUUGAUGUAAAAAACUACGGAAGUUAAAAAGGAAAUUAAAUUUUCUAUAACUUUAAAUAUCUAUAAUAUUGUUAAUAUUACUUAUUUGUCUAAUAAAAUAUACCUGUUUAUAUUAAAUAUUAUUUUGUUCGCUUCUUUUAAAUUAACCUUUAAAAGUUAAAGGUUAAAAUUAAAUGUUUAUCGAAUUGUUAAGAAGUGUUUAGUUGAAACGUUUUAAUUUAAAUUAUUGUUGUGACUAAUGGUGUAGCCAGGUAUGAAUAGGAAUGUAUUAAAGGACACAAUUAAAGAUGGUGCCAGAAACACACUAUCCAAAUUGACUAUCAUAAAUCGAUCUUUUUUUUUCGGACAUUUAAAAUGGUCAUCCGAAGGUAACAUACGUUUUACAACAAAAAACACAUUUUUAACAUUAAUAAGUUAUAUUUAAUUUAAAAUAAAAUUAUGUAUCGAUAAAAGUAUAAUUUUAUCUAAAUCCAAAUUUGUAUGAGCGACAUUCGAGACUCGGACACAACCGCUACCCUAUAACAAAACCCUAGCUACGCCACUGGAUGUGAUGAACCAAAAGUAUUAUUUAGUCCAAUUCAUUUUAUUACCUCGUGUAAUCAAUGUUGCUAAUGUUAUCGAAUAAAUGUAUUA